AUGUCUACCGUUGUCGAAGGAAAGGAUACUGUCAGAUUUGUUGACGAGGAACAAAUCGAACAAGCUGCUGCUGCUUCUGCUGCUUCUGAAGAAACGGCUAAGCCCGCUGUUGUGGAAGAAGAAGAACCAGCUUCUGCUUUCAACCCAGAAACCGGUGAAAUCAAUUGGGAUUGUCCUUGUUUAGGAGGUAUGGCACAGGGUCCUUGUGGAGAACAAUUCAAGGCUGCUUUCAGCUGUUUUGUCUUUUCUGAAGCUGAACCUAAGGGAUUGGAUUGUGUUGAUAAAUUUAAGGGUAUGCAAGACUGUUUCCGUCUUCAUCCUGAUGUAUAUGGUGAUGAGAUUGAUGAUGAUGAGGAGGAGGAGGUAAAGGCUGAGGAAAAAUCUACCGUUGAACCUACUGCCGAAGAAUCUACUUCCACCACCAACAAUGUCGAAGAAACCGUCACCGCUUCUUCUGCCAAUGAAGAAUCUUCAUUUUCUUCUUGGGUUUCAUCAUGGUUUUAA